GCUCUGGCGUACCCAUUUGUUCCGGAGGACAUAAGCCAGAAGCGACAGGUUCCUACCGCUGCUUCUGAUGUCGCGAAAGCAUUGAGUAAAGCGCGAACGAAUUGUGGAAACAUUCCCUGCCUUACUUUCGACGCAAAGGACCAAUAUGUCUCAACCACUGGUGAUCACGCUUAUGCCAGCCCUGCCGCUGAUGAGAUUCGAGGACCUUGCCCAGGUCUGAAUGCGGCCGCUAAUCAUGGAUUUUUGAGCCGAAGCGGUGUCACUACGCUGACCGAGACUAUUGUUGGAAUGGAUGCAGCGUUCGGCAUGGGACCUGGUCUUGCUGGUUUCCUCGGAGCCUACGCCAUUAUCAUGAACGGAGAUCCUGUUCUUGGAACCUGGUCAAUCGGAGGGCCGCCGCCUGGUAAUGCCCUUACGGAGGGCCUUCUUGGUCAGGCACAAGGAAUCUCGUAUGCGCACAAUACUUACGAAAGCGACAUGUCUAUCGGUCGACCCGACGCGUACACCAAUAACGGCGAUGCGCAUAGUCUGGAUCUCUCGAGAUUCAAGCAGGCGUACGAGACUGGCAUGUCUGACGAUCGCUACACUCUUGAUGGCUUGGCCCAGGACUUUGCUGCUAAAGGCAAGCAGUCUGUAGAGACCAACCCUUACUUCUUCUCGGCUCCUUUCUCUGGAGUCAUUGUUGCGCCUGCGGCGUAUUUGUUCGUCAUCAACUUGAUGAGUAACCACAGUGCGGAAGAGCCAGCCGGUUGGCUGGACGGAAAGAUGUUCAAAGAAUUCUUCGCAGUUGAAGGAGAUUACCCAGACUUCAAAUGGCUUCCCGGCCAAGAACGGAUACCCGACAAUUGGUACCGCAGACCUACGCUCAACAGCUACGAUAUUCCCAAUGCAGACUCCGACGUUGGUGUUCAAUACACCGCAUACCCGGAGAGCUUCUACUUAGGUGGAAACACGAACGGCGUCAACACGUUUACCGGGGUGGAGUUAGAGGAUCUUACAGGCGGCGCGAUGAAUGCUGCGAACUUGUUCGAUCCCAAGAACCCAAAGGCAAGCUGUUUCUAUGCUCAGCUUGCCCAGUCGCUCAUUCCCGACUCUGCGAACCUCCUGUUGAAUGAGCUUUCACCGAUCACAAGCCUGGUGACCGACUUCAUCAAACCAAUUACGUCUGGUCUGGACUGUCCUAUUGUGGACAAAUUUGACCAGAGUCUGUUCAAUCAAUAUCCUGGCCACAAGUACUGCCCCACUGGU